GCAAACCCAGAGAGCAGAGAAGCCGCUGCGAGGGUUUAGUAUUUUUUUUAUAUACAGUGUGUGUGUGUGUGUGUUCUGGUCGUUAAGGACUCGUCGUGCAAAGAGGAUCAGUCAACUCAGUCUCACUCACAUCACAUCACAUCCACCGCUGCAACGUCGCACCUGCAAAACCUGCAGAGAGAGACCCCCCCUCAUCACCACCUCCAACCCCCUCCUCCCCGACCUCCUACUGCUUUAUUCUCUGCAAAAGGAAGUCGUUAGUGUUUUGCAUCUCCAGUUUAUUUGGGGGGUGUUCGAGAGCAGCAGAAGGCAUUUUAUUUCUUAAUUUUCCUACCCCCGCCCCCCCCCCCACUCCUGCUUUGCUCCGACAAAUAUGACCCUGGAGGAAUUCAACGACAUCGAGGAAACCCAAGUGGAGAGCACCGAAAGGAUGCAAGCUGCUGGCAAAGCCCUGGAGGAGCUGUUGGCCUCGGCGCACCGCCAGCACUGCCUGACCGUUGGCGUUUACGAGUCUGCAAAAGUCAUGAAUGUAGAUCCUGACAGCGUGGUCCUUUGCCUCUUGGCCACGGACGAGGAGGAUGAGGGCGACAUCGCUCUGCAAAUCCACUUCACCCUGAUCCAGGCGUUCUGCUGCGACAACGACAUUAACAUUGUGCGGGUCAACGACAUCCAGAGGCUCGCCGAGAUCCUCGGCAAACCCGAGGACGGCGAGGAGCCCAGGGACAUGCACUGCAUCCUGGUCACGAAUCCAAGCCAAGAUUCCUGGAAGGAUCCAGCUUUGGAAAAAGUCGGUGUCUUCUGCGAGGAGAGCCGCUGCACAAAUCAGUGGGUCCCCAGCAUUUCCUUUCCGGAGCGUUGAUGUUGUUGCCACGGAUCUGCUGGAAACGUUUGAUUUAUUUUGAGGUUGCCUCGUUCAGAAGGAAGAGCCGCGUUGGAAGCAUCGCUUCCUGGAUCUGUGGGUUUAAGACUGUCUGAUGUCUUGGUCAAGUCACACGGAUGCACGGCCAGGACUUCGUGAUGGUGGAUCGGGAACACAGAGGACAAAGUUGCGGAAAAGUUGGCUAAAUGGACCACAUGUUGCACAACAUCUGGACCUAGAGCAAAGAGGAGCAUGCAAGAAAGAGAAGAUGCAUCAUGCCAUGGAGCCCACGGAGGAGAUUAAACGGUAGAUCAAAACUACAUGGAGACUGUGGGACUUGGUUAUCUGUUUCUGGGAAUAUGAACUAUUGAUCUCAGCCUAAGUACAAUAAGUUGUGAAACAAAAAACUCAUUCAGAUUUGGCUAGAACAUGGGAGUAUCAAAUAACCUGUUACAGCCAUGUUGCCUGUACAACUAUAUUGAGAUAAAGGAUUUAAAGACUUUUUAAAACGUAUAUAUUAUAUUUUUAAGUUAAUAGAUAUUUAUGAUUCAUACUUUGAAAAUGUAAAUCGUUUUCCAAACCACUUGAAAUUUUCCUUCCAAAUAAAGUACGUAUAUAAAACCGAA